GUGCGUGUGUUGAGCACCAAUCGAGAGUCAUACUCAACAUAGCCUGCGUGUCAGUGCAGUCUACUUACAGCUGGCUGUGAGCAGAACUGGCGCUACAAACUGUCAUUAUUACCUACGUUUGCCAAGUAUUUCUCCAUACUAAUUUUUAAGCGUACUUUCUUCUAUCAAGGUUGAAUUUGUUUACUAAAGAGACUAAAGUUGGGAGGCUGGGCCUUUUAACUUAGCCUGAAAAAAGAACAGCCAGCCACUUUGCUUUUUGUCGUAAUCUUGUAAAGGGGAGAAAACGCGAUAAAUGCUACUGACAAAAAUGGACCUGUUGAACUUCCAGUAUCUGGACAAGAUGAACAACAACAUUGGCAUACUCUGCUACGAAGGAGAGGCAACCUUGCGAGGAGACCCCCGACUCCAGUGCCUGUCCCUGUCCUCGUCUUCCUCCUCAUCGUCUCCUUCGUCCUCCUCGUCGUCAUCCAUCUCUACCCACAGAACGGGCCCGCCACCCAUCAGCCCAACCAAGAGGAAGCUGAGCGGAGAGCAGGGAGACAGCGACUUGGACGACAAUGAGCACGUUGCCAAAAUGAGUCGACUUUUUGCCACGCAAUUGAAACCUCACGGAGACUAUCGCAGCAAGGACCAGAGCCGAGGUCCUAUGGAACGUGUGGUGGUACCAGGCCUCCAUGCCAACCACCUGUAUGGACACGCCCACCUCCAGCAUCAUCACCACUUGGCCAGUUUAGCCGCCAUGGACCAGCCACUGGCGCUGACCAAGAGCAACGGCUUGACGGCCCCGGUCGCCGUCCCGCAUGCACUCGGCAUCGCGGAACGCCAGCAGAAUCGUCCAUCGGUGAUCACAUGCGCUCCCGCCAACAACCGCAACUGCAACCUGUCACACUGCACGCUCUCUCACAAUGGGUGCUCGAGCCUCACUAACAACUACAGGAGAGUCCACUCCAACACUGUGUGUGACCCUGUCAUCGAGGAGCACUUCCGCCGUAGCUUGGGCAAAAACUACAAGGAACCUGAACCGGCGGCGACCGCGCAAGCCACGGCCGCCAACUCAGUGUCCAUCACGGGCUCGGUGGACGACCACUUCGCCAAGGCGUUGGGAGAGACCUGGCUGCAGAUCAAGAACAAGAGCACGCCGUCGUCUUCCGCCAGCAGCCCCGACUCGUCACCCGACAGCCGCGUCGUCAACCGCAAUCGCUCCCCUUCACUGGUCUCCUGAAGGUGGCGGGACUUCCGAGAAAGCCGGCCUCCUUGAUGGAGCGCUGAGGAGCAGCAAGGAACUGAUGAGGAAUGCGGCGUCCUGGCGUUUUUUUUUUUUUUUUUGUACAUAAGCAGUUUUUUCUUUGUAGAUCUUUUUGGGUUUUGUUUAACGCGCUGCAUCGAAAGACAAAAGUGAGAAACAAAAAGCACGUGAAUGUGCCACCAAAAAUUUCUCUAGCCCCUUUCACACUGCACCUCAAAGACUCGAGGACUGACCGGCGAGGUCUGGACGGAUGCCAACGACGCCUGAUGAAAGUGUUAUGUUUGACUGUUUGGAUUGAAAGGUUUUACACUAGGCCAUGAUUUAAAAUCUGGAGUUCAAGGCUGAUAUGUUCAAAUGCUGAAAGAUUUCAACAAUGGUUCUGAUCUUAAAAGGUUACGCUUCUAAGAUUUGGGUUACAAAUUGCACAUCAUGAGAGUCUUUGUGAAAGCCACCUUCAUCUUUUCAAAAAGCUAACAAUAGUAUUAAAUAAGAACAGGCUGAGGUGAACGCGCAUCAUCCCAUCUGUGGUUAAGUCGGCCUUUGAAAGGUGCGAACGGUAAAAUCGCUUUUCCCCUGUCAUGCAUGUAUUUUGGUUUUGAAUAGCUGGCAUCUUGCAGUCAGCAUUUUUCCGGAUGUUUUCUUGUGACUCGCGUUAGACAACACUCGCUCACUGCUGGAUCAGUUGUAAUCCCAUUUAUCGUUGAUGUUAAUAUGUCACACGCGUGCUUUUUAUUUUUUAUUUUUUUAGUUUUGUACCAGUCAACAGGCUCCGCUUAACAUUUUCUACUGAAACAAAACAAACCAAGCAACGUUGACGUUGAUCCGUCACUGGCGCGACGACGAUCUGUAAAGUUUACGCAAAACAGUACAGUUCGGUACGGUGUUAAGAGAUGUUUCAAAUCGGGCGCUUUUUAACUUUUGAUUUUUAAGAACAAGCAAAUACAGUGAUCCCUCUACUUCUGAAAUUAAUUGGUUCUGGAAGUAGUUUAAAAUAGGACUGCAACUAUUUAUUACAGGUAGUUAGCAGUUUACGAACGAGUUCUGUUUUUGCGCUGGCGAUGUAACCCGGAAUUAACUCUUUAAAAACAUCAAAACACCAUCUAAAUAAAAAAACUAUCCAAAAACAUAUGUGAUACGUCAUUGUACUGUCCUCGCCAAGACAUUGGAGCUAAGCGCCAAAAUGACGAUGUUAGACUCAUCUUUUCAUGACAACAACAAUUGCAGAAUAAAACUAAAAUAAAACAAAAUUAAAUCAUUCUCAUCUUCAAUAACAGAAAUUCAAAUUUGCGUUUACAAGUCGCUGCUGAUACAGCAAUAACAAACGAUUAGCAUGUAUCAGUUAGCAUCCGCACAUAACUCGCACCAAGUAUUUGACCACAAUUAAAAAUGCACGAUAAACAGUAAAAAAGGGGUUAUGUACAGCAGUCGCCUCUGGAUGCUUCACAAGCAACAAAUUGUGCGCAAGCUGUCUCCUCUACUACUCGGCUGCUCUGUGUUUGGGGUGGGCGGACGCGUCUGUACAUGCAUCACAAAAGUCAACAUUUGAAGAAAAAAACGACGUAGGCAGCAUAAAGUCGAAAUCAUGCAAGUUGGGUCCAUCGUAACUUGGGGACUACCUGUAUUUGUAUGAUUAAUCUAUCAAUUCAAAUAAUCAAGUAAUCAGAAAAUUUUAAUGUGUUGCAGAAUAAAUUUUGCUAAAAUUGCACUUUAAAAAGAGCUUUAGAUGCGAAUACAAAAUAAAACUCCCGAGUGUUUUUUCCAACUAUGCAGAGUUGCACUUGCAAUUCACAAGAAAAAUAAUUAAAUUACCUGAUCUAAGCCUUAAGCUGUAUAAAAAUAAAUGAGGUUUGAAGUACAACAAAAUAACAAUUCUUAUUUGGCUAGCUAAAAUGUUUUUGGUCUUUUUUUUUUCCGUUUUUUUUUUUUUUAACAGUGCGCUUAAAAGAUCGUUAGAACACAUAUUCCAAAAAAAAAAAAAAAAAAAAAACUUAAAUACAGCUCUAAACUAAAUUAUGAAUGGAUAAAUUAGCUCGAAGUUUUACAACCUUAUGUUGGUCUUAACAGGGAGCAGCUGAGUUAUGUCAUAUUCAAUGUUGCCACUAGAGGGUAGUGUAUCCACCCAUAUCAAUAAAACUAAAUGCAAACACUUUUAAAACAAACCAUUACAAUUAAAUGAAUCCUCUAAGCAGCAAAAAAAAUUUCGAAUUAAUACGAGCUGAUCAAUUAAUCGUUGCAGCAUUAGUUUCGUAACUUAAAACAUUUGUAAGAAGAGGUGCGUUUUCCAUGUAAAUGCCCUAACCCGUUCCAAGCCCCCCCAAAUUCAGACAUAAAUCUUUUAUAAUGCAUCAAAACGUGUAAUAAAUGUUACAAUUAGAUUAUUGCACAAUAAACAUAAAAUUGAGUUGUGCAUAGUGUAAAAAAACAAUAAAGAAUAAAUUCACUCAUGUAAAGCUGUCAGAACACGAAGAGGGUAAUGAAGAGGACGCUGGGAUACACACAUAAAGUAGAGGUCCUUCUUAGCCAAUGGGAUGCUAGGCAAUAGCCAAAGGCAGAGCAGCUAUAAGUAUGUUACAUUCAGUGAACUCUGGGAGAUGUGAGUACCAGCCAUACUUAUUAUUGCGUAACAAAGCAAUAUUUUCCCAUUGAGGCGUGUCUUAACCUGAAAAUUCUGAAUCUGAAAAUAUAGAGACGUUUGUAAGUAGAGGUACCACUGUAACUUCAGAUUGAGGCAACAUUUGACGAUUUCAAGAUAGUCCUUCAGAGGGUUGAGCAUGUGGGGUUAACUUUCAAGCAUUAGAUUACUGCAGAGGGAAUUGUGCAAUUCUGGGAAUUAAGAACACAAAAAAAAGGAUCUGUUAAAUCAAUACAGUAGCAUCUAAACAAACCACAAUGGUCUUCCGAACUGGACUGCUAAGUGGAAGCGCUACCGACAAAAAGCGUUCUCCACACAUUCCAUUUUUAUUUCGUCCAGUAUAGCAAGAAAUGGCAAUAAAAUAGCCGCCGCAGGAGCUGAGCUUCUGUUGCUGCUAAAACGUCACGUAAACUGGUUCAUUUUUUCUCUCCAUCAUUUCACUUCCGUGCUGUACUUUGAAAGCGGCCUGUCUACUACAUCGCGUAGAGUAGGAAGAUGUUUUUGUAAUAGUUAACUUUAAGACCAUCAUUACGCUGUGCGUAACGGAUGUACAGAGGAAAGAAAUCAUAGGUAUUUUUCAAGGAACAAUAAUUUGUUAAUGACAUGUAGCUAUUUAAUUUUUUCUUCUUGUCCUCUAUUAUAAUCCUUUGUUUCUUCUCGUUGAAAAAGUUGAUCUUUUUUUGUCGUUUGUCUUAAAAGGUUCAAGUGCAGGAACACACACACACAAAGCCACUGGACGAUGUCGGUGACAAUCGCUACUUCCAGCAAUUAUUUAAUUAAAAAGUCCAGUGACUCAGCCACUAGGUUCAGCGCCACCCGCUGGCAGCAUUUUCAAUCGCGUCUUCCAAAUCCGAGUCCAAUCUGUUGCUCUUCAAUCUGCCUUGUUGCUAGUCAGCAAUGCGAGUGUUUUGGGUCGUCCAUUGUCGCGCAAUGUGGCUACCAAUCACAUGUUCCUGGGGCACUGUAUUUUUUUUUUUCUUUUUAACAAGUAGCAUGUAUUUAGUGCUAGAAUCACUCUCAACUGUACAAUAAAUAGUACACACAAAUGAACAGUUUGUGGCUCUGCGUCUCCUACUGAAAAGGUUUUGGCAGGCCACCUUUUUUUUGUACGUAAAGUAGCCUUGAUGAACAAUAAAGUGCUUUGAAAUCAG